CCGGCACAGCCCGGCACAGCUCGGCACAGCCCGGCACAGCCCGCAGAGCGCGGAUCGCGGAUCGCGGCGGGGAUGGCGGUGCCGGAGCCGGACGCGCGGCUGGCGCAGGAGAAGGAGGAGGAGAGCGAGGAGGAGAGCGAGGUGCUGGAGGAGAGUCCCUGCGGCCGCUGGCAGAAGCGCCGCGAGCAGGUGAACCAGGGGAACAUGCCCGGCAUCCAGAGCACCUUCCUGGCCAUGGACACGGAGGAGGGAGUGGAGGUGGUGUGGAACGAGCUGCUCUUCACCGACAAGAAAGCCUUCAAAGCACACGAGGUGAGCCCCCCGAGCCCCCCGCAGCUUCCCGGGGGGCACAGCCGGGCAGGAGGGGCUCCUGCCCCUGGCACGGGGCCCUGCUGGGCUGCUGCCUCCAAGGGAGCUCCCAGGGACCUGGGGGCA